CCUCGAAGUACCACUAUCCAGGAAUUCAGACAGGCAAUAUACUACCAACUUAGUUAGUCUGUUGACAAUGAGCAAGCGUCGCAUCUCAGAAACCAUAUCACCAUCUCCAGAUCCAUCACCGGCAGUAUCCCCAGCAGCAGCAUCAGCACCAGCACCAGCACCUAAACGACGCCGAAUGCGACGACAACACCACAGACAGUACUUAUCCGUCGACCCUCCAUCUCCGGAGGACUACUACCACGCGUCACCAACUACAACCCCGGUAUCACCUACUAUCCCACCUGCACCCUCCUCCCCUCCACCACCGCCACCACAACCAUCCUCACCACCACCCCUACCCCCAAGAACAACCCCGCGAUACCGACACAUCCUCCCCAAACCAGCACCUACCUCCACUUCCACCCCUAAACCCCCUACACACUCACCUCACCCACACCCCGAACCCCCAAAAGGAACCCCCAAAGGGACCCCCCAACCUCAACCUCAAGCUCGAAGAAAGAGUGGUAAAAUCCACCCCCACCUCCCCCCCAUCCUCCACCACCUCCGCACACCCCUGCACCCACUCGUCUCCAGCACAACAGGCCACGAACACCCGGACUUCCCUCUCUCCUUACUACAAUACAACCUCCUCACGUCGGAUCAACUCGACAGACUCGCUGUGCAUUUUCAUCAGGUGCAUCCGCCGGUGCGUGGCUCGUUCUGGUAUCCGGUUAGGAUUGUGCCGUGGCUUAGGUGGGAUGAUGAUAGGGGGUAUGUGGAUAUGGAUAUCGGUGAGGGUGUGGGUGUGGGGUUGGAGGUGAAGAGGAGGAGGUUUGGGAGGUUUAUUGGGUUGAGAGGGUGUGACGGGGAUUCACAUCGUCGUUCUCGUUCUGGGGGUGGGGGAGGGAAAUUGGGGAGGGGGAGAAAGAGGAAGGGGAGGAGGGAGGUGGAGGUGGAGGUUGAGGUUGAGGAGGGGGAGAUUAGGGAGGAAGAAGUUGUGGUAGAUGAGGAAGAGGAAGUGGAAGAGGAAGAGGAAACAGCGGAGGAGAUGUUGGCGAGGAUGGAGAGGGAGUGGUUUGAGGCGAUGAUGAGGGCGAGGUAUGAGGGGGAGUAUGCUAUGAGGUGGAAGAUGGGGAGGGGGUGA